AUGGCUUCGAAAUUCAUGAUUUUGAUGAUUUUGGGAACUUUAAUGUACACAACUUCGGCUCGAAAGCUUAUCGGAUUAGGGGUUCCCAAUAGUAAUGUUCCACAAGUUACGGGCGGAUUAGGGGUUCCCAAUAAUAAUGUUCCACAAGUUGCGGGCUCAUUUGGAGGCGGAGGGGGUAGUGGAGGACAUGCUGGUCCUGAUGGUAUAGACUUUGGAGCAGGUAUUGGUGUUGGAGGUUCAAUAAGUGUACCCGGUGUUGGGUCAAUUGGCGGUGGUGGAGGCGGCGGAAUAGGUGGAAGUAUCGGCAGAGAUGGAUCGGUCUCUAUGGGAGGUGGCGGCGGGGUAGGCGUCGGUGGUCAAAUCGGUAAUGUAGGCUUUGGGGGUGGCCAAGGUUUUGGUGGCGGCCAAAGUUUUGAUGGAAUUCAUCACGAUUAA